AUGCAGGGAAGGUGGAAAGCAUGGAAGCAGUCGGGAAGAAGACGGAGGCUCUCGCCGUCGCGGAACUCGGCGAGGCAGACGGGGCACUCUGUCGUCACCACCAGCCCGUCCCCUUUCUUGUACCUGCACACGGCAAUCGACCGGAUCGCCCACUCCUCCAGCCCCUCCGCCGUCGAAGAAGGCGGCGGCGGCGGCGCCGCCUGCUGGUGCUGGUGGUGGUGCUGGUCCUGGUGGUGCUCCUGCCACUGGUGGCGGAAGUAG